GGGACGGACGGACGGACGGGACAGUCUCUGAUACAGACGUGUGCGUGAUCUCCACCUCUGUCAAAAAUAGACCUUCAGAGUGAGAGGGGUCUGGAGGAUCAACGGCAGACACACGGACCCAGACAUGGAGGGGAAGAGCGAGAUGGAAAUGCUGUCCACAGCCAACAGCGAACAAAAUGGGGAUUUAUGUGAGAAGAGAAAUGAUAAUAAAAAGAGCAGAAAGAAGAAGAAGAAAGAAAAAGAGCCAGAGCUUCCGAUGGUCGGCCCAAUUGCUGUGUUCAGGUUUGCAGACAGUUUAGACAUUGUGAUGAUCCUUACCGGGACAGUGAUGGCCAUGGCCAACGGGGUGGUGCUCCCUCUCAUGUGUGUCGUGUUUGGGGACAUGACAGACAGCUUUGUAAAGGACUCCAUGAUGUCCCAUGCCAACAUCAGCCGCUCCAAUUUCACCUACAAUAGCACCCUACAAGAAGACAUGAAUAGCUAUGCCAUUUACUACUCCAUCAUGGGGGCCGUCGUGCUGGUGGCAGCCUACUUGCAGGUGUCCUUAUGGACCCUGGCAGCCGGUCGGCAGGUCAAACGCAUCCGCAAGUUGUUUUUCCACCGCAUCAUGCAGCAGGACAUCGGCUGGUUCGAUGUCAACGAGACAGGAGAGCUCAACACGCGUCUCACAGAUGAUGUCUACAAGAUCCAAGAGGGUAUUGGCGACAAGGCGGGGAUGCUGGUCCAGGCCUUCACCACCUUCAUCACAUCCUUCAUCAUCGGCUUCACCAAAGGCUGGAAGCUCACUCUUGUCAUCCUGGCGGUGAGCCCUGCACUGGGUAUUUCAGCUGCACUCUUUAGUAAGGUGCUGGCAACCUUCACUAGUAAAGAGCAAACUGCAUAUGCCAAAGCUGGAGCUGUUGCAGAGGAGGUUCUCUCUGCCAUCAGGACAGUGUUUGCCUUCAGUGGUCAGGAGAGAGAAAUCAAGAGAUACCAUAAGAACUUGGAGGAUGCUAAGAGGAUGGGAAUAAAGAAGGCGAUCUCUGCUAACAUUGCCAUGGGCUUCACCUUCCUCAUGAUCUACCUGUCCUAUGCUCUGGCCUUCUGGUACGGCAGUACACUCGUCCUGAAUAAGGAGUACACCAUUGGGACUGUACUCACUGUGUUCUUCGUUGUGCUUAUUGGAGCGUUUACGGUGGGACAGACCUCUCCCAACAUCCAGACUUUCGCCAGCGCCCGGGGAGCUGCACAUAAAGUGUACAGCAUUAUUGAUCAUAAACCGAGCAUCGACAGCUAUUCGGAGGCCGGAUUCAAGCCUGACUACAUCAGAGGAAACAUAGAGUUCAAGAACAUUCACUUCACCUACCCCUCGAGGCCGGAUGUCAAAAUAUUAAACAACAUGUCUCUGAGCGUGGAGAGCGGACAGACCAUUGCCUUAGUGGGCAGCAGCGGCUGUGGGAAAAGCACCACGAUCCAGCUGCUGCAGAGGUUCUACGAUCCUCAGGAUGGAUCUGUGUGUAUUGAUGGUCACGACAUCCGUUCUCUUAACAUCCGUUACCUGAGGGAGAUGAUCGGAGUGGUGAGUCAGGAGCCCAUCCUGUUUGCCACCACCAUCGCUGAGAACAUCAGAUACGGCCGACUUGACGUGACGCAGCAGGAGAUCGAACAAGCUGCCAAGGAGGCUAACGCUUAUGACUUCAUCAUGAACCUUCCCGAUAAGUUUGAGACGGAGGUUGGAGACCGAGGGACUCAGAUGAGUGGGGGACAAAAGCAGAGGAUUGCCAUCGCUCGAGCUCUGGUCCGCAAUCCCAAAAUCCUUCUGCUGGACGAAGCCACAUCUGCUCUUGAUGCUGAGAGUGAGACCAUUGUGCAAUCUGCACUUGACAAGGUCCGACUGGGUCGCACCACCAUAGUUGUGGCUCACCGCCUCUCCACCAUCAGAAACGCUGAUGUCAUCGCCGGUUUCCAGAAAGGUCAAGUCGUGGAGCUGGGAACUCACAGCCAGCUGAUGGAAAAACAGGGAGUCUACCAUACGCUGGUCACCAUGCAGACCUUUCAGGGAGUCGAGGAGGGGGAGGAGGUUGAAAACGAGAUGUCUGCGGAUGAGAAGAGCCCAUUAGUCAAGACCUUCUCUGAGUCCUCUCUGUACAGGCGGAAGUCCACGAGAGGCUCCUCUUUCGCUGCAUCAGAGGGUGAGAAAGAGGUGAAAGAAAAGGACAAGACAGAGGAGGAUGAAAAUGUACCUCCUGUCUCAUUCCUUAAAGUGAUGCGUCUCAACGUUACCGAGUGGCCAUACAUCGUGGUGGGAACCAUCUGUGCCAUCAUCAACGGAGUAAUGCAGCCACUGUUUGCAGUCAUCUUCUCCAAGAUCAUCACUGUGUUCACAGAACCAGAUCAAGAAGUUAUCAGGCAAAAAUCCACCUUCUUUUCCCUCAUGUUUGCUGCUAUUGGAGCUGUAUCAUUUGUCACCAUGUUCCUACAGGGUUUCUGUUUUGGUAAAUCUGGAGAGGUUCUUACCCUGAAACUGAGACUCGGGGCUUUCAAGUCCAUGAUGAGACAGGAUCUUGGCUGGUAUGACGACCCCAAAAACAGUGUUGGAGCGCUCACUACAAGACUGGCUACAGACGCUGCCCAAGUACAAGGGGCUACAGGAGUACGUAUGGCCACGCUGGCCCAGAACUUUUCCAACAUGGGCACCAGUGUGAUCAUCUCCUUUGUGUAUGGCUGGGAGCUGACCCUGCUCAUCCUUGCUGUGGUGCCCGUCAUGGCAGUGGCUGGAGCUGUGGAGAUGAAACUGCUCACCGGACAUGCUGCCGAAGACAAGAAGGAGCUGGAGAAGGCAGGAAAGAUUGCUACAGAGGCCAUCGAGAAUAUCCGUACUGUCGCCUCUCUCAGCAGAGAACCCAAGUUUGAGUCUUUGUAUCAGGAAAACCUCAGAGUGCCGUACAAGAACUCCCAGAAAAAGGCCCAUGUGUAUGGCAUUACCUUCUCCUUCUCACAGGCCAUGAUCUACUUUGCUUAUGCGGGGUGUUUCCGAUUUGGAGCCUGGCUCAUAAAGGCAGGAAGGAUGGAUGUUGAGGGGGUAUUCCUUGUGAUUUCGGCUGUUCUGUACGGUGCCAUGGCUGUCGGAGAGGCCAACUCCUUCGCUCCAAACUAUGCCAAGGCUAAACUGUCAGCUUCCCACCUCAUGAUGCUGAUGAACCGAGAGCCAGCCAUUGAUAAUCUGUCACAGAAGGGAGAGACGCCGGACAAAUUCGAUGGCAAUGUGCAGUUUGCGGGUGUGAAGUUUAACUACCCUUCGCGAUCUGAUCUGCCCAUCCUCCAAGGGCUGAAUCUGAAGGUGAAGAAGGGUGAGACCCUUGCCUUGGUGGGGAGCAGCGGCUGUGGAAAGAGCACUAUCAUCCAGCUCCUGGAGAGGUUCUAUGACCCCAUAGAGGGGAGAGUGGUGCUGGACAAUGUAAAUGUGACAGACCUGAACAUCCACUGGUUGAGGUCCCAGAUAGGCAUCGUAUCCCAGGAGCCCGUGCUGUUCGACUGCACUUUAGCCGAAAACAUCGCCUAUGGAGACAACAGCCGCACCGUUACCAUGGAGGAGAUAGAGUCAGCUGCUAAAGCAGCCAACAUUCACAGCUUCAUAGAAGACCUGCCACAGAGGUACAACACUCAGGCAGGUGACAAAGGAACACAACUAUCGGGUGGACAGAAGCAGCGUAUAGCCAUAGCCCGAGCCAUCCUGCGCAACCCAAAACUGUUGCUGCUGGACGAGGCCACCUCCGCACUCGACACCGAAAGUGAGAAGGUGGUGCAGGAGGCGUUGGACCAGGCCAGGAAAGGCAGGACGUGCAUCAUCGUGGCCCACCGUCUGUCCACCAUCCAAAACGCUGACCGCAUCGCCGUCUUGCAAGGAGGAGUUGUGGUCGAACAGGGGACACAUCAACAGCUGCUGGCCAAGAAGGGAGUCUACCACAUGCUGGUCACCACACAGAUGGGCUACGGGAGGGAAUAAGAGGACAGAGAGAGGACACAGGGGGCAAUACUAAACCUACUAUUUUUAAUAGUUACAUUUCCAAAGGGCUGGAUUAAACACCUGCGCCUUUUAUCAUCAACUGCCUGCCUCACAUUUGUAUAGUUCUACAAAUACAGACUGAGCAGCUUCGGAGGAACAACUGGGGGAUUGAACGUGCUGAGUGUGUCUUGAUCUGUUUAGGGAUGUAACCUUUUAGCCUUCUGGCUUUUGGCUGUAGCUCAUUGUGUCAUAUAGUUUUGGUUGUAUUAAGACAAGUCACCUUUCAAUCAAAAACCCAAGUAUAACUUCUGUACUACUGUUCACUGUCACUUUUAUAUUUAAUUUUUCUGCUAUGACAAGUCAAAAAAUGGGCAGUUGUAUUGUAACCUCUCAUGUUUUCUUUGUUCUUGACCUUGUUAGAAAAUAUCCAUUCAAGUUUGUACGUCGUAAACUGGGACUCAUUUAUGGCUAGUCCUUUUGUUUUUUCCCUCUAAGAUAGAGCUACUGGAUUCCAACAAACCUUAACUGUUGCUGAUUUUUGGUGCCACCUACUGUUAAGUGCAGAAUACUUGCAUAUAUGCAGUGACUAAAGCUAACAAUACACAAGAUUUAUUAUGUAUCGUACUGCACAGAGUGUGCCUCUGACACUGGAAUCAUCAUCACAAAUAACUACUGGAAAUGUUUUUUUUUUUUUUUGGUAAUUUCUUUGAUGAAAACUGAUUUUUUUAGUUUAACAUUUUUUACAGUCUUCAGUUAAUAAUAGAGCAGAAUAUUGUAUACACAGGGGUGUGCUGGAGUGAAUCCUAUUUUGUUUCUACAAAUGCACAGAAUUACUAACCUUUUUGGAGGAUAUGCUUAUAUAUUAAAGUUUUAUAUGCAAGUACUGAA